GGGGUUAAACUUCUUUGAAAUGUUGUUCAGUUUUUACGGAUGGGUAUUUGAAUUAUGGGUUUUUGUAGGAUUUUGAUCGGAGUCAUGGAGGGGCAGCUCCCAAUUACUAAGAAAUGGGUAGUGUUUUACCCUGUUUAUAUAAAUUCGAAGAAAACUGUAGCUGAAGGGAGGCGGAUCAGCUUGAGCAAAGCAUGUGAGAAUCCUACUUGUGUUGAGAUUGGUGAUUGCUGUAACCAUCUCAAACUCCCAUCUGUUAUUGAGAUUGAUAAGGCAUAUCCUCCUGACUUCAUGCAAAGAGGGAGAGUGAGGGUAUCGCUGAAAAGGGAAGAUGGGACCUUAUACAAUCCAAUCAUUUCUUCUAAUAAGGAUACUUUCUACUUGAAUUGUUCUUAAUUUCUAUUGCAUCUUGAGAUAGUUUUCAUGCUUCUCGUGACUAAUUUUGAAUUAGAUGUGUGGAUUUCAUUAUUAUAUUGUUAAAUCAGAAUUGUCGCAUGGGUGAACAAAUAGUUAUAAUUUCU